AUGAAGAUGUGGACUGUUCUGCUCCUGGUCUGCGCCAUGACAACCCUGACUUACGGUGCCGGUGAGUUUUAAGAGAAAUGUCAAAAACUUAUAAAAACACUGAUGAGAUAUUAAAGUGCAGUGUGAAACCUUUCAGCUGUUCCUGAGGUCGAGCUUGUCGGAGAGGAAGGAGGACCAUCCAUUCAGGAAGGUGGGUUUGUACCUGUCUCAACAGCUCUGAACUCCACGUCGGCACAUACAAGGGUUUAUCAAACCAAGCUCAAAGACUUUGGGUUUGUUUUAUUUCUGUAUCUCAAGCUGCUCCAGAAGAGGAGCCAGAUGAAAUGGCGGGUGGACCAUCCAUUCAGGAAGGUGGGUUUGUACCUGCCUCAACAGCUCUGAACUCCACGUCGGCACACAGAAGCGUCUAUCCAACUAAUCUCAAAGAGGAUCUAGAUGAAAUGGCGGGUGGACUAUUCAUUCAGGAAGGUGGGUUUGUACCUGUCUCAACAGCUCUGUACUCCACGUCGGCACAUACAAGGGUUUAUCAAACUAAGCUCAAAGACUUUGGGUUUGUUUUAUUCUUGUAUCUCAAGCUGCUCUAGAAGAGGAGUCAGAUGAAAUGCCAGAUGGACCAUCCAUUCACGAGAGUAAGUGGAUUCUUGAUUCUUAUUCAGAGAACUUGAAACUGAUGAACUUGGUGUCCCCCAUGCUCAGUCUCUUUCUGGAUUUGUUGGCAGGUAAUCGUCUAAUGUCCCGGGGAUUCCCGUUCUGUCCGAGUGGUUGGAGUCGUCACAACGGUCGCUGUUUCAUCUACAUUUCAUCACCAAUGACUUGGGCUCAGGCUGAGGUAAUCAAAAUGAUCUGGACUCAGAUCUGUGGAGAUCUUCUCCAUCACAUCCUCACUGCUGUUACUGCGGCGGGUUCUCUGUAAACCCUGUUGGUCAGUUUCUCUUGUGUUGACUUUGGCUCACAUUGGAUACCUCAGUUGGCUGUUAGAGGAGAUAAACAAACCAAUCGAUAUCCGAUAUCUUUUAUACAGCUGAAAGGUUUGGCUCCCCCUGCUGUUUAGUAAAUAGAUGGACAGGUUUCAGUGAGGUUCAGGUUCUCCUAGCUGCACAGGGUCAUGGUCCUAUGAUGCUGACUGUAGAUUUGGGAUUGUUGCACGCCUGCAGGUGAAAAAAGGGAUCAGACCUUAUUUUCCUUUUUCAUUCAUGACUUGACUGAUUUCAAACAUUUAUAACAAUCUGAUCAUCAACCCUCUGAUGGGUUCAGUCCAGUCCAGAGCUGCAUCUCCACCACAGGAACCUUCCACAGGGAUGAGGGAUACUUUUGUAUUUGAGGAUUUGUUCUCUAGGCUUGCACAUGUUUAUAAUUGGCAUAUUUUUAUCUUUAAGUUUAUCAGAAUUUAAACGUCACCACUUUUUUCCGUCUUUUCACAUCCCUAGAGACAUUGUCAGGAUCUGGGAGGAAACCUUGCUUCGGUGCACAGCCAUGUUGAAUACGUAUUUGUUCAGAACAUGAUCUCCCGGAUCACGCAGGGGUUUCAGUUUGCUUGGAUUGGAGGCUCUGAUGCAGUAGAGGUAUUUGUAUUUAAAACACAAAAUCUCUGUAUCAAACAUCUGGAAAUAACACAAAAUCUCAAAAUUACUGCGUUUUCGUCCAGGAGGGUGUUUGGCUGUGGAGCGACGGCUCACAUUUCACUUACGUAGACUGGUGUCCAAGGCAACCCAACAACUUUGAUGGCUACCAGAACUGUAUGGUGAUGAGUCUUUAUGGUAAAUAAAACUUCAUAAUUUCUGUGCAGAUAGUCAUGAGGAAAAAAAGGAUUUUACCACCUACAGCACUGGCAUUUUCCUAGUUCCCCACCACUAACUGGUCAACAGGACAAAAUUAAUACGCUCCUGUUUUUGAUAUUUACAGGUGAAAGAUGCUGGGAUGAUCAAGGGUGCAGUAUACCUUACCCGUUUGUCUGCGCAAUGACCAUGUAUUGAUUCUUCGUUUGACGCAGUGAAGGAACUCAAAUUGAGCUGAAGUCUGUUUUUUCUUUUCCUUCUUUUAACUGGACAAUAAUCAGUUUAUAAUAAAAUAAAUACUUUUCACACGUUCUUUAUUGCAAGCUGCACUGGUCUUUAUUUCCUUAUGUCUGAAUUCAAAGUGUCGCAUGCUGAAAGAAACUGGUUCCAUGAGGGCUCCACGUCCACAAGUGGGACCUGAGCUCACAGCCCGGUAUCAUGCAGCCUGAUUGUAUUUCCCAGAGAUCACCGUAGAGGCAGACUGGUUACUGAAGUCCUGCUCUCUUCUCAUAUAAGUGUGAGUUAUCAGACAUCAUAAAGAGCUCCACAUGCUAACCAGAGGUAUCCUGGCUACUGUUUGGUACCAGGGGGAGAUUCUCAGACCCAUUGUUGGGCCAUGUGCUGGUGCAGCAGGCCCUGGGUUCUUAAGACACUGAUGCUGUUGACCGGCCUGCUCAUUCCCCAGACUUGAAUCUAAUCCAGCACCUCUGGGACUUCAUGUUUUGUUGCAUUCACCUCUGCCACCCCUCAGCAGACUCUACAGAAGAUGACUUGUGCCCUGAUCUAGGUCUGGGAGGAGAUCCCUAGACCAGGAAGCCAUGUGGUAACCAGAACCUCAUCAGGUGAAUAAAGGGUGAAAAAAGACGAAUCUUAUGUGACAAAGGGCACAGAGCUGUAAACAUGGCUACGUGUUCACCUCUUCCGAACCUGUUUUGAUUCAAGCUGAUAGGAGGAUUUGCCGCCUCUAAGCUGACCACCUCCACCCCACCUGCCAUCUGUUUGCACUCCUACCACUGGGCCAACGCUCACAACACCGCCCUUUGACCAGAUCUAAGUAUUUGUCCAGGGGCACGCCACUUCCAGGAUAUUACAGUCUCCUUAUUUACUUUGAGCCUGAAACACUGACUGGAACUGAUGCUGCUGUAAUGAACUUUUACCGGUACAGCUUCAGUUAAUAGAUUUGAUAUCUUGUCUGAGGGUCUUGUUCAUGAGUGAGGGAAGAAUGGAGCUGGAGAUCAACAGAUGGAUUGGUGCGGUAACAAGGUUAAAAUUCCGAAAAGUUUUGCAAUUCCAAUCCAUGUUUUUGACAUACUCUCUCUUGAGAAACCCACAAAUAUUGUUCUUGGAUGGCACUUACCAGUUGGCAUAGUCCAAUCAGAUAAGUGACCAUGAGUUUAAGCGGUAAGUUAUAUAGAAAACUCUUUCAACAUUUACUGAAAACUCUUAUUGCACAGAGCAAACAGCAGCAGAUCCACUAUCUGAUGUCAGACAUACCUGAUUACACUUGUCUAAACACCAGUCUUGAAGUAAAGUUUAUCGCAUUUAUUUUGAGAUGGCAAAUAUUCAUCAUGGAGGAUAUUUCUGACGAUAAAUCAGGAUCGAUAAUUUAUCACCCAUCCCUCGUCGGCAGGGAUGCGGACACUGCACUGGUCUAAUUUACCGGCCGAUCUACAUUCCUGCCCUCACCUACGGGAGUCAGAUGAGGUGGCUUGGGUAUCUAAUCAGGAUGCCUCCCAGACACCUUGUUAAUGAGGUGUUUAAGGUACGUCGCUCUGGUAGGAGACCAUGGGGAAGAUCCAGGACACCCUGGUGAGACUUUGUCUCUCAGCUCUAAAAUUAGACCCACAAAAGGCCACUUCAGCAGUUUUUCUGCUGUGUCAGGCCCUGUACCUGGCUCCAAACGUUACCUUCAUCUGUAAAGGGUCUGCCAAGUAUUGAUCCAGAUCAAAGAUUGACUGAAAAGUGACUGUAUAUAAGAGCUGAUCUGUUCAGUCUCUUCACCAAGAACGGCUGAACACAAGACUGAACCUGAAGAGGACCUGAUCACCGGUUUUUGCUCUCCACUUCAGUUCAGCUUAAAACAUGUGGGCCGUGUUUCUCCUCUCCUGUGCCAUAGUGGCACUGACUAAUGCUUCUGGUGAGUAUUUACAAAUCCUUGGAUAAAAAGCCAAGAUAUCACGUCUUUUAAAUGACUUACUUAGUUUGUGUUUUGCACGUUCUCUUCCAAGAUGUUAACGUCUUCCAGGUCAACAUCAACAAAUCUCCAUCUUGUCCCACUGGUUGGAGCGGCCUCGGUGGUCGCUGUUUCCAGUUUGUUGGAACACCAAAAACUUGGGGCAACGCUGAGGUAAUCAGGGUCAUUUGUUGUCCCGCAGAGUGCUUUGGUGGCCCAGAAAGGCCAAUCUGCAGUAUUUGAAGAGUCAGGAGUGGAAAUGCAUCCUUACUGGCUUACAGUUCUUGUGCCGUUUGGCUCCUCUGAACUUCUCCAUGUCUGUCCUUCUGGUUAGAAACAUUGUCUGGAGCAAGGUGGAAACCUUGCAUCGGUGCGUGACCAUGUCGAGCAUGACAUUGUCCAAGGACUGGUACUGAGGGCCACCAAUACGUAUGAGCUCACAUGGCUUGGAGGCACAGAUGCUCAACAGGUACGUGAAAUAAAACUGACAAGUUUCUGAAAUCCUGUUUUUUUUAUACAGCCAUACUCACCAACGUCUGUUUCUGUAUUUGUACCGCUCAGGAGGGUACCUGGUUCUGGAGUGAUGGCACACCUUUUACCUUUGCCCACUGGGAUGCGGGACAGCCUGAUAAUCAGGCAAACUCCGACUGUAUGUUGAUGAACUUUGGAGGUAAAUUUCAAUAUUCCUUAAGUAUUUAUAUUGGGCCUCCGUGUUUUGGCCCCAUCUGUAGAAAUACUGGAGCAUACUUAGUCUCCAGAGGUUUCUCAGUGAAGGGCCGACCUAGCUAACAUCCCUGCGGCUAACGCACUUUUUGUCAGAGUUUUAAUUCAGGUGUUUUUUGUAUUUCAUGUGAAACAUUGAGGUGACAUUGAAGAUGUUAUGACUGCUUAUAUUUCACAGAACAGUUCUGCGUCCUCUUCAAUUGUUUGUUCAGAUUUAAAAUCAAUAAAAACUGUUCUUACCUAAUCAUCACUUAAUUCUCUUUUUCAGAUGCUAAGAAAUUCGAUGAUCAACCUUGUGAUUUUGAGAAGCCGUUUGUCUGUGCCAUGAAUAUGUGA